UAGAGCUCAGUAUUGCUCAGUAUUUCAAUUCAAUAAAAAAUUUCUAUUCUAUAUAGUAGCUAGUCAGAUGCAGUUGUAUGUAUCUAUGUGAAUGCACAUGUCAAUAUCGGCGCGCGUAGUGUAAUUUAGAAAUAUAGAAAUAAAAUUACAAUUAUUACGUUUUUUUCGCGCGCUUAUGAUGAAAGAUGACGAAAUGCUACAUAAAGUGGAAGAGCAAAAUUCCCAGGCGGCGUGUAAAGACAAUGUAUCCAAUAUAGGACCAAUAAUGCAACCUCAGAAUAGUUCAGCGUUUCUUAUAGUUUUAACAUUUGCCUGUCAAGCUUUAAUAGCAUGUGCAAAACAACUUGAUAUAAUGGAUGGAGAAUGUGGUGAUGGAAAUUAUGGAACUAUACUUGCGCAAAGUGCCAAUGCUAUAAAAUUUGCAAUCGAGGAAGGGAGAAUUUUAGCAACGAGACCUUUUGUAACAUUUAUACAAAUAAGCCAUAUUAUUGAAAAAGAAAUGGGUAGCUUAGAAAGUGGAAUAUAUUCGUUAUUUUUUGAUACUGCUGCUAAAAGUUUUCUUAAGUUUCGGAAUGAUGAUCAAGUGACUAUCGAUAUGUGGUUAACCGCUCUAACAUCUGCAAACAAGAUGAUAUCUGAGAUUAGCGGGACAUCGAUUGGUGAUCGAACCAUGUUGGAUGCUUUGAUACCUGCGGAAAAUAAAUUAAGAGACGCAUUAAGUUCUGGUUUAAAUCCUAUCAAUGCAUUCGGGGAAGCUGUCAAAGCUGCCGAAACUUUUGCUAUGCAAACUAUACAUAUGUCAAGAUCUCUCUCUAUUGAUUCUACAAAUAAUUGCAAGACAUUCAAAUAUCCACAUCCUGGAGCACAUGCUGUAGGCAUAUGGAUGAGAGCUGCUUAUGAAGGUGUUAAAUUGAAAUUUGGUUACGAAUUUGAUAUAUAGAAGAGAAAAGAAAGUUUUCUUUCAUUUCUCCUUAAUAUUAUUCCUUAAUAUUUCUUCUUAAUAUCUUAGUUAUUCAAAAAAUAGUGUAAGAUAUGCAAUGCAAUAUGUACAAUUUAUAUUAUAUGUAUAUAUAUAAAAUUUAUCCUGGCUGAGACUAA